AAGUAAUCUCUUCCACGCAAUGGACGUUACUCUACUCAAAGCAAUUCUCCUUGCGGUGAUCUCACUUGUUACAUUGGGGUUUGGCUUAUUGCCUCUAAAGGUGAUGGCCAUUCUUUCUCAUAAACAAGGAAAAUAUGCAGAAACCGCUGCACUAGCAACUUCUUUACUUUCCUGCUUCUCUGGUGGUGUAUUUUUGGGAGUGUGUUUUUUGGAUUUACUCCCAGGAGCAUUGGAAUCAUUUGAAAGCUUUAAAAAAGACGCACAAUGGGAAACAGAAUAUCCAUGGGUACCUCUGCUAUUUAUGAUUGGUUUCUUCAUGGUAAAUAUUUUCGAGACGAUGAUAGCUAAAUCAUUCGGGCAUGCGGAUGCCUGGCACGCACGUAGGAAAUGCACAACGACAUAUAGUCCUGAUGCGAACGUUGAAGAAGCCUGUGAUACAGACUCGAUUGACUCAAGAGUGGCUAUUGUACGAUCGUUGACCUUUGUUUUAGCGUUGAUGUUCCACUCAAGCUUGGAAGGAUUUGCAUUUGGUGUACAGCAUUCCACAGUUUCCGUGGCAUCACUAUUCUGCGGUAUUAUUGCUCAUAAAGCUGUCGUUGCAUUUUCUGUGGGGACGAAACUUGCUGAAGCUCAUCCAAAUAAAAAGUGGAUUGUCGUCGUACUGAUCAGUGCUUUGGCACUUGUUGCGUCUCUUGGAGGUGUCAUUGGUAUCAUUUUACAAAACUCUAGUAUGGACAUGGAAGUCAAAGACGGUGUCAUAUGUCUUCUUGUCACUCUAUCAUUAGGCACAUUUAUCUACAUAACCUUUUUUGAGAUCGUGGUCCCUGAGAAUUCAAAAAGUUACAAUAAGUACGCUCAGUGGAUCUCAUCUGUGAUUGGAUUCGCGAUUAUCGCCGGUGUAAUGGCAUUCGACGAAGCGUAGACUCCUCGUGGUCACGCCAUGCGAUCUAAUUUUGAAAAAAAAUUUAGUGCAGUUACGACAAUGAAGUCCCAGCCUAUGCUUUUGUUUGAACACAUUAGUGUGAAUUGCUGCCAGUGUGGUUAUGUAAAAAGCAAUUUGACGCGCGCUGCGAAUUAGGCAUCCUUUAUGGUGGAAACACUAGGCAAA